AGAGCCAGCCGUUCUGCAGCGUGUCUGCCGCCGCGCCCCUCAAGGCGCGCCAGCCCAGGAAGUGGUCCGUGGAGCGCGCCUCUGUGGAGCGCUUCUCCGUGGAGGGCCGCGCCGCCAGCCUGCAGAGCCUGUCCGUGGCCUCCACUGCCGGCUCCACCACCUCCUCCGUGCCCAGCUACAUGCUGCCGCGCGGCAACUCCUGCGCCUGCCGCAGACACACGCCGGAGCGCGACGCCCAUGCUGUGGAGGCCACGCUGCUGCACGCCUACGAGUACACGCGCUGCACCAAGCGGCGCAGCUCGCCACGGCCGCUGCCCGACCACCCGCAGCACGCGGCGCCCGGCGGCGGCGGUGGCGGGGGUCUCUACUCCGUCUACUUCGGCCCCAAGGACGGCGCGGCGCCUGAACCCCGGGAGCCAGUCGAGCGGCGCCCAGGGGAGCCAGGACACACGCCAACUGACCGCCGCCCCCGCCAGCCAAGGGAACCAGGCGAACCAGGUGAACCAGGUGACCGGCGCCCAGGUGAACCAGGCUACUACAGACCAGGCGAACCAAGUGAACCAGGUGACCGGCGCCCAGGUGAACCGGGCUACUAUAGACCAGGCGAACCAGGUGAACCAGGUGACCGUCGCCCAGGUGAACCAGGCUACUACAGACCAGGCGAACCAAGUGAACCAGGUGACCGGCGCCCAGGUGAACCGGGCUACUAUAGACCAGGCGAACCAGGUGAACCAGGUGACCGUCGCCCAGGUGAACCAGGCUACUACAGACCAGGCGAACCAAGUGAACCAGGUGACCGUCGCCCAGGUGAACCAGGCUACUACAGACCAGGCGAACCAAGUGAACCAGGUGACCGUCGCCCAGGUGAACCAGGCUACUACAGACCAGGCGAACCAAGUGAACCAGGUGACCGUCGCCCAGGUGAACCAGGUGAACCAGGUGACCGUCGCCCAGGUGAACCGGGCUAUUACAGACCAGGGGAACCAGGUGAACCAGGUGACCGUCGCCCAGGUGAACCGGGCUAUUACAGACCAGGGGAACCAGGUGAACCAGGUGACCGUCGCCCAGGUGAACCAGGUGACCGUCGCCCAGGUGAACCGGGCUAUUACAGACCAGGCGAACCAGGUGAACCAGGUGACCGUCGCCCAGGUGAACCGGGCUACUACAGACCAGGUGAACCAGGUGACCGUCGCCCAGGUGAACCGGGCUACUACAGACCAGGCGAACCAAGUGAACCAGGUGACCGUCGCCCAGGUGAACCAGGUGAACCAGGUGACCGUCGCCCAGGUGAACCGGGCUAUUACAGACCAGGCGAACCAGGUGACCGUCGCCCAGGUGAACCGGGCUACUACAGACCAGGCGAACCAGGUGAACCAGGUGACCGUCGCCCAGGUGAACCAGGCUACUACAGACCAGGUGAACCAGGUGAACCAGGUGACCGUCGCCCAGGUGAACCAGGUGACCGUCGCCCAGGUGAACCAGGUGACCGUCGCCCAGGUGAACCAGGUGACCGUCGCCCAGGUGAACCAGGCUACUACAGACCAGGCGAACCAGGUGAACCAGGUGACCGUCGCCCAGGUGAACCAGGCUACUACAGACCAGGUGAACCAGGUGAACCAGGUGACCGUCGCCCAGGUGAACCAGGUGACCGUCGCCCAGGUGAACCAGGUGACCGUCGCCCAGGUGAACCAGGCUACUACAGACCAGGCGAACCAGGCGAACCAGGUGAACCAGGCGACCGUCGCCCAGGUGAACCGGGAUACUACAGACCAGGCGAACCAGGUGAACCAGGUGACCGGCGCCCAGGUGAACCAGGCUACUACAGACCAGGCGAACCAAGAGAACCAGGUAUCCGCAGCCCAGGUGAACCAGAAGCAGGUUAUUCCAGGCCAGGGGAACCAGGGGAACCAGACGGCCGGUUCAUCAUCACCAGAACCACGCGACGAACCCAGGACUUCCGAGACCCGCGCCCCGGGGACUGGCACCGCUACGAGACCGAGACCGAGGAUGGAACCAGAACCAUUAGGAGUACCGAUGGAACCACGGAGACCACCUUCAGAACCGUGGAAGGAAUUGAUAGAACCAGAGAGACCGAGGACAUCAGGGACAUUAGAGAACUUCAGCUGCGUGAUGAAAGAAACCUCGAGAUCAGAAGUGAAACCGAGAGAAGGCAAUUCGAGACCAGUUCCCGCAGCUCUCAGUUGGAUACCCACGAGGACGAGAGAACCCAGAGAGAACUUGGGUUUCGUGUACAGAGGGAACUAGAGACCAGAAGUGACACGGAUAUCGACACCAGAGCCAAGAGAACGCAACACGAGACCAGCUUGCAAAGAGACCAGCACGAGACCAGCUCCCAGAGAGAAAUCGAUAUCAGAAACCAGAGACUAGAGACCAGAAG